AUGGCGGACUUCAAACCUGGUCGUUACCGUCUUGGUAGUACAGACUUCGUCCAAACCUCCGGUCCCCCACUUCUCCUUAAGGAAGAUUAUAUCAAGCAGCAGAAGGCCAACCGUUCCGCAAUCAAGGACCUUGAGGAGAAAUUAGAGAAGGUUCUGAAACUGAUGGAGUUAUACCCGAUUGACGACGAGAAUAGAAUAGGAAUGGUCGGUGCUCAGCUGGAAAGGAUCGCCCGUGAUUGCCAGAAGACGCGCCGCUUCGUGGAAGAGGCCAUCCCGAAUCUUCAUAAAAGAAAACCGCACAAGAGUCCCGAUAUCAUUCUAGCUCCUGCCCAAGGUGGACAAGUCGUGAUAGCCACGGUGGCAGUUAUUCCUAUACUCAUCCUGUUUAUGUGCUUCUCUCCUCUGCUGGGUGGAAUAUUUGGAUCGACAUGGAUGGACGCUAGUUAUUGA